UGAACAUUAUAGUUUGAACAUUACCUGCAAAAUAAGUAUGAACAAUUAUUCCUUUCUUUGCAGUGAACUACUGCAGCAUUUGCAGCUCGAUUUCUAAAAUCAAGAAGAGAUGUCAUCGAAACUUUUUUUUAAUUUCACUUCACACAGUCAUGAUGAAUGUAUUAUUUCCCUCAGGCUGAUGGGAGGAGGCUUCCUGAAGAAACACAGCAACGUUUUAAAACGACUGGCGGGUUGGACUAUAAAGGGGAAGGUUUGGCAGAGUGGACAUCUUUUCCUCCAAGUGAUCAGUUGAUUAAACAUCGGCUCUUCCCCUCUGUUCAGGAUGCAUUUUUAUGGAGCCGUGAUCCUGUUUGUGACUUUGUCUGCGGCAUGUGGACUGAUCUGCUACCAAUGUGUAGGUGAAGACUGCACCAACACGGUAACUUGUCCCUUCAGACAGGACAAGUGUUCCAGCACCAACAUAUUUGGUCUUGUCACCAAGAAGUGCUCGAGUAUACUAUGUGUUGCAUCGGAAUUGUGCUGUUCCACGGACUUGUGCAACGGAGCCACAUCCGCUGCCUCCAGCAUCCUCCUCCUGAUGGCAUCAUCAGCCAUCGUCACACUCUUUCUCUGAGCUACAGAUAUUAAAAAUAUAUAACAUUGGUCUUCUUUCAUUAACAAUUUGUACAAUUUAAGAAGAAUAAACAGAGCCCCAGUGUGUAAAAGCUGACUGCUGGUUGAUAUUUGUUCAAUAAAACAAUA